GUAAUCGAUAAUCUGUUGAUCAGCCUGCGUCCGUCUAGCUAGCCAGCUAGCAGCUAAGUAGUUACGCAGUAGCAGUUUGGCGUCAAGCAGCUAGUCAAACAUUGGACCAAUGCCUUAGAAACCAUUUUCUUUGCCUCCUUCUUAAGAUUUAAAUGUCGACCGGUCUCGGUGGACAUUGCAGAAUAGACGCAAACACCGAUACUAACGGUUAUUAUUAGGUUUUAUUUUUAGCGGCCGCAUUUUCCGUUUUUGGCCGAGUUAGCUAGCUAACUAGCUAGCAUAGCUCUAGUUAACUCCCGUUAGCCUUCUAGCAGUGAUGGCACAAACGGAGAGCCAGAAGAUAAAUAAAGCUUAGACUUUGCAUGGCGUUGGACUGGGAGUGAUCACCCAAUCAGUCAAGGCGACCGGUAGAACCAUGGCAUCCCAUCAGAGAAACUCAGUUCGGAUCCUGUCCAGCCGGGAGCGAGGCUCUCAGACCUUUGGUUCUCAGCGCCUCCUGCAGCUGCUGGUGGAGGAGAAGGUCCGCUGGAUGAAAUGGCAGAGUCAGAAAGUGGAGCUCCCAGACAGCCCUCGGUCAACAUUCUUGUUGGCCUUUAGCCCUGACAGGACCCUCAUGGCUUCCACACAUGUCAACCAUAACAUUUAUAUAACGGAGGUGAAGACUGGGAAGUGCCUCCAUUCCUUAGUGGGCCAUCGUAGAACUCCGUGGUGUGUGACCUUUCAUCCCACGAUUCCCGGCCUGGUGGCCUCUGGGUGCCUUGAUGGCGAGGUUCGCAUCUGGGACCUGCAUGGUGGUAGUGAGAGUUGGUUCACAGAAAGCAACGUUCCCAUCGCUUCCCUGGCCUUUCACCCAACUGCUCAGCUUCUCCUUAUUGCCACCAACAAUGAGCUCCACUUCUGGGACUGGAGCCGACCAGAACCCUUCGCUGUGGUCAAGACGGGCAGUGACACGGAGAGAGUGCGGUUGGUAAGGUUUGACCCUCUAGGUCACAACCUCCUGACAGCAAUAGUGAAUCCGUCCAAUCAGCAGAAUGAGGAGGAUUCGGAGGUUCCCAUGGACAGUGUGGAGAUUCCUCACUUCCGUCAGCGCUCCUUCCUGCCCUCCCAGCCUGUUCGCCGUACACCCAUCCUGCACAACUUCCUCCACAUUUUGUCCUCUCGCUCUCCAGGGGCUCAGGCAGGAGCCGAACAGCCACGUCCUCUAGGUGAGAAUGGAGGCACUGUUGGAGAGUCUCCCAGCAUGCCUCUGGCUCAGUACCCUAGCUCUGAACGUGGGCCUUUGUUCCCUGGCUGCACCCAGCACCUGGGCAUGGUUUGCCUGUGUAGCCGCUGCUCCAUCAGUCGAAAUCCCUCUUUGAGCACUGAUGGCUCUUCUGGAACCCUUUCUGAUCCCAGGGUACCCUCCAAUGUUCCCCAGCCCCCCCCAGCAUCCACCUUCUCUUCAGCUCGUACAGAGCCCAGACAACCCACAGAACGAACCUCAGCCUUCACCUCAGUCUGCUACAGUGCCGGUGCUUCUCUUAAUCCCACCACACCGAGCAGCAUCGAGCCACAUUCCACCUCCCGACCAGGACCUGACUGGACACGCAGCUUGCUUAGCAUGAGGGAUGGUGGGGUUGGUCCAGCUAUGCUACCUCCCAGAACCUCCUCCCCAUCCUCCAUCAGCCUUCUGUCAGUGCUCCGUCAGCAGGACAGCUCGUCCCACUCACCCGUCUACACCUCUGCUACUGAAGGACGGGGUUUUCCCCAUCAAGGAGAGCCCGGCGGCAGAGAUGCUGCUGGGACAAGCAGCGGACAUCACCCGUUUUGGGACGGCUCUCGCAGCAACUCUGCAUCUUUCCGUAACGUGCUGCAGUGUAACUUGAGUCGCUACUUCAUGGAGUUUGACCGCAUGCAGGACCUGGAGCCACCUUUAGGGGGAAGCAUGACUGAUGGAAACCAUGAGCAAAGCCAAGAACUGCUUAAUAAUAAUAUGGACCCAGACAGGCCUGGGCCUUCCUCAUCAUCCUCCUCCUCCUCCACCCCUGCCAUCAUCCACUACCAGCCUCCUCUCCCGCCUCCCCCUACCUCCCACAGCCUCGAGAACAAUGUCCCUCCCCCUGCCUCCCGAGGCCAUCUUAACCGGUGCCGGGCCUGCCACAACCUGCUGACCUUUAACCAUGACUCUCAGCGCUGGGAACGUACAAACCAAGCCUCUUCCACCUCUGCCUCCACAUUUGAGCCCUCUUCCUCGUCCUCCCUAUGGCAGACUGAAGCAGGCAGGAGGACUCUAGACGCAGCCCAAGACAGGAGGGUGCUUCCUGAGCCUCAUGAGCAGCACCCUCCCCCUGGAGGUGGAACAGUAAGAGGUGUGGCCUUUCCUAUAGCUCCAGCCUCCAGCCAGCCUGGAGAGCAGACUGUGGGCUUGGUGUAUAACCAGGACACAGCGCAGUGGGAAAGGGUGUACAGACAGGCCGCAGGCAGCCGGGCGGCAGAGCCACAGGAGGCCUUAAGCCAAGAGAUGCCUGUUGAUCCUCCAGAUGAGGACUCUCUGAGGAGACGACUUUUGGAAUCAUCUCUGUUAUCCCUGUCUCGAUAUGACAUGUCUGGGUCAAGAGACCACCCCAUCUACCCUGACCCAGCCAGGCUUUCACCUGCCGCCUACUAUGCUCAGAGAAUGAUCCAGUAUCUCUCCAGACGUGACAGCAUUCGGCAGCGCUCGCUCCGAUACCAACAGAAUCGCCUUAGGGCAAUGUCGUCUUCAUCAGACAGCCCUGCCAGCAAUCCGUCCAGCUCAGUUGACAACAGUGAUGUGGACUUUGAAGAGCUGGACAGUGAUAACGGAGAUCGAGCCAGGCACAGGACGCCACGCAACGCCAGGAUGUCUGCGCCCUCGCUGGGUCGCUUCGUCCCACGGCGUUUUCUCCUACCUGAAUACCUGCCCUACGCUGGAAUCUUCCAUGAGAGAGGGCAGCCUGGCCUGGCUACACACUCCUCUGUCAACAGAGUGCUGGCUGGGGCGUCAAUUGGAGAUGGUCAGUCUGCGGUUGCCAGCAACAUUGCUAACACCACCUUCCGCCUGCAGUGGUGGGACUUCACCAAGUUUGACCUUCCUGAGAUCAGUAAUGCCUCAGUCAAUGUUCUGGUGCCAAACUGUAAAAUCUAUAACGAUGCCAGUUGCGACAUUUCUGCGGAUGGUCAGCUGCUGGCUGUUUUCAUUCCCAGCAGUCAGCGGGGUUUUCCAGAUGAAGGGAUCCUGGCUAUCUACUCUCUGGCUCCCCACAACCUCGGAGAGAUGCUCUACACAAAGAGAUUCGGUCCAAAUGCCAUCUCUGUCAGCCUGUCGCCCAUGGGCUGCUAUGUGAUGGUGGGCCUGGCCUCUCGCAGGAUCCUGCUCCAUCCCACUACUGACCACAUGGUGGCGCAAGUCUUCCGCCUCCAGCAGCCACACGGAGGAGAGACUUCCAUCAGGAUGGUGUUUAAUGUGGUUUAUCCGAUGGCUCCAGACCAGAGGCGCCAUGUCAGCAUAAAUUCUGCUCGGUGGCUGCCGGAUCCAGGGAUGGGUCUGGCUUAUGGGACCAAUAAGGGAGAUCUGGUCAUCUGUCGGCCUGUGUUCUAUCGCAGUGACGGUGAGUCCCCCGGAGAGAUGAACAGUGAACCUUUGUUCUCUGUCAACAACAGUGGAACCAGCCGGACCCGAGGUUCUGACCGACCAGGGCCGAGUCGCUCUGGCUGGAGACUGGACAGAGACAUGGGGUUGAUGAACGCCAUUGGUCUUCAGCCCCGACAUCCCACCCCCUCAGUGACAUCUCAAGGAACCCAGACGCCCAUCGUCCAGCUACAGAACGCCGAGACCCAAACGGAGAGGGAGCUGUCUGAGCCCAGCGUCUCCCAGCCACACCCCAACCUCCCUCCUGAGGCUCCAGCCACCAGCCGAGAAGCUGCAGGGCAGACGGAGACGCAGCAGAGCAGCAGAUCUCAGCACAGCGUCCAGGGUGAACCGUCGGCCGAAGCCAACGCAUCCACAGCUGGAGAGGCUUCGGAGUUUGGUUCUGGUGAAGACGCCCUGGCACGCAUCCGCCGACUGAUCGCAGAGGGCGGCAUGACGGCCGUGGUCCAGCGGGAGCAGAGCACCACCAUGGCCUCCAUGGGUGGCUUCGGGAACAACAUCAUCGUCAGCCAUCGCAUUCACCGUGGCUCCCAGACGGGCGCUGGGGCCUCCAGGGCUGCAGCAGACCCUGUGAUGGCAGCCCUCUCCUCCUCUUCGGCUCCUCUCCUCUUCACACAGAGCGCGUUCCCUCCAUCUCAAACUUCUUCCCCAUCUGAACACAUGGCUCCUGUGUGGGGCCGCCCGGUGGUGUCGGGCCCCCAGCCCUCUGACCUGCCUCUGGCUGUGGACCUGGGUGAAGUGUUUGAUGGGGGACGGAUGGACAACGACUCGUUACAGGGUCCUGCCUCCUCCUCCUCUUCUUCCUCCUCUCCCCAUAGCCUCCUCCCAGGCAGCGGAGGCAGGGGCCCCACCAGUUACCCCGGGGACCCAUACAGCAGGUAGUUCUGCUGUGGAUUAUGGAAAAACAGUGCCAGCCGCACGUCAAAGCCUUACCAUAAGAGAAAUGGGUGCUGCUUGGACCCUGCACGGUGACCCACCCUUCCCCAAAUCCCUGAGCACCGCUGCUGUGACUUUCUCUGCACAGAAACUGGACUGAAGCUGAACUGUGAUCAUUCCUCUGCAAAAAGGGCUUCUGCCGGUUCACGGCCCGUUUGACUUUGAGCUGGAUGAAGACCAGGUGCUGUGUGAUGGUGGUCAGGCUUCUCCACGCUUACGUCAGCCCCCGUGUGUGUGUGUGUGUGUGUGUGUGUGUGUGUGUGUGUGUGUGUGUGUGUGUGUGUGUGUGUGUGUGUGUGUGUGUGUGUGUGUGUGUGUGUGUGUGUGUGUGUGUGUGUGUGUGUGUGUGUGUGUGUGUGUGUGUGUGUGUGUGUGUGUGUGUGUGUGUGAGUGUAAACUCAGCACUACUGUGUUUUAGUAGCGUGUAAUUAUGAUGUGGAGGCUGGACUCUAAUCAUGGAGGCAGCGGCCGAGGACUCAGCUGAAUUUUCUGCAUGGCUUUUAAAUGCUGCACUUCAUGAAUCUGAGGUGUUUGAAGCUGGAGAGAAGAACCAUCAUCAUGUCAUCGUGAGCUGCUCUGAACCAGCUGCACUGUGGUGUGUUUGGUGCUAGUGAGCGACACAUGGUUUCAUUGACCUACGGACACUUCAGUAAUACUGCUGUUUUCUUGUAUCUCCCUCUGUGAAAUGGAUCACACACAAGAUGAAUCUCCACAGUUUGCUUAAAAGAAAAUUAAGUGUCUGCAGCGGACGAAGAUCCUGCUGCUGUGUCGAGUCUGUCAAACAGAACCAGGGACCCGGUGCGACGGUUCAGAACACCAGGCAUUCGGUGCUUUAGUUUAAUUUCUGGCGUCACUGCUCAACUUCUGCCAGUUGUUUGAAACUUGAAUAGCUUUUUCUGUAAAAAAAGAAUCACAUGUUUGUUUUUUCUGGGCAGGAAGUAAAAGCCGUUGGUGGUCAGGCUGUUUUUACACUGCAGCUACCUGAACAAGGUUCUGGUUCUGUUACUGUUCCAUUCAGGUCAGUGUGACUUGUUUGCUGUGGGGCUGCAGUCGUGAUUCAGCUCAGCCCUUCAUUGAGCCAGAACCGGGUUCAUUGAGCUUGUCCAGAGUAGUGACACAUAGUGGUUCCACUGUCUAAUGGGACCAGCUCCAUGUCCGGGUCACAGUAGAACACCUCUGACCUGUCGUCGUCGUCCUCCUCAUCGCCAAACUCCUGCACAAAGAAGCUUGAAUUUCUCUGAAGGAGCUCUACUUGUGUCGCAUGACGUGGGGUCAGGGCUCUGACCCACGGCGUUGGGUUUGAGUCGUGAGGCAGUGAUGACGGAACAGAGUCCGGGCGAGGACCUGAGUGCUCCUCCUGACUUUACUUGAUUUAUGAACAUUUUAAGGUCCAACUGUCGGCACAGCUCUUUUCUGUCCGUCAGUUCUUUGCUUUGACUUUUAGAUGUGACGUCAUUAAAGAGCUUUGAGACAUUUUA